CGGCCACAGCUGUCUUUUCAUUUGAUAUAUCAACUUACAUGAGCGUUAAAAACGUUUCAUUGACCAUUGACUCUACCGAUAGCCAGCGUUUACAUAUCAGGGGGACAUGUUGUCAAGACAACUUCACAGUGAAUGCUAGUUCGUUAGCUGGACUUAGGUGCGAGACGUCACAAGGCGUUGUAGCAGCAAACCACGAAGUUGUAGAUGAAGUGGUUAAUGAAGAAGUCAUAGAGGACGGUUCUAACGAUGCACAUCGCAAUGAGAGUGAGUCAAAUGAAGAGCCUAUCACCAACACUAGUUCAAACAUUGGACUUGUAGUUGGUAUCGCGGUCGGAUCUGCAGCUGUCAUCGUCGCCGUUGCAGUUGGAGCAAUGAUAUUUAAAGCAUGUAACGGGAAAAACAAUAAACUGUCACAGAAAGAUACAUUCCAAAAUGUGGACAUGUCAACGCCAGCAUACAACUCAGCCAAGAUGCAUUACAAUUACAGAUAUUGAAAAUCAGUGGCCCUCUGAGAUAUUUUGGAAUAUUUAACCUGACUAUUCUUAAAAAAUUGAAUGAAUCGUAUAAACCGUAAAUGUCAUGGAUUGAUAACUUGGUCAACUUGGAGUAAGUUUGAUUUCGUUGAAGCAAUAUGUAUAAUCGAUUCUAUUAGCUUGUCAAACAAAACCAAACAAACAAAUUAAAGCAUUUCAUUAACACCACCCAUCCCAAAAACAACAAACAAGCAAAAAACGAAGAUUGCGAAUUGCUUAAUGGCUUUCAUUUAGAAAAUUGUAUUUCUACCUCAAUAGGUUGGUCUUAUUCAACUCACAAUGCAUGAAAUAAUCAUUACAACUGUUGAAAAACAUUCAGUUAAACCACACGUGGAAUAAAUUCUAAAUGCGUUUUGAUUGGUUGACACGGUGACCGUUGACCGGAAUUAUUUUUUAAUCAAUUGGCUCAAUGCAAUUCGAUUGGAUAACACUUGAAGGUUUCUUCACGAUAUCCUCGAAAUGAUAACGCAUAGGA